CCAUCCGAUCCCGUGAACACCCGAGCCUCAACACCGGAGAGGAACUGCUCAUAAGUCAUAACCGCUCGCGCCCUUGGCUUCGCCCCCACCAUCUGCCUGCCCCCGCCUUCUUUCAAAGUUCGAACAACCGCCUUCCCUCCUCCUCCUCCCCUCGCCUUCCCUCAUCUUCGUCCACGCCAAGAACUCGAUCCCCAUGGAGCAAUACGAGCGCGCGGCUGUUGAUCCGCUCGAGGGGCAGACGGAGCAGGGCGGGGAGGAUCCCGCUCCGUCGGCGGCUCUCGCCGGCGCCAAGGAGGGCGAACAGGAGCGCGUCCCCGAGACGCACAAUCCCGUCGGCGCCGCCGCGUCGGAGGGCGCCAAGAAGCAGGAUCUUGAGGAACCUUCGCCGGAGUCCGAUGAGGCCGCGGCCGCGUCUGCCAACAUCAAGGGCGAAGACCGCGAGGCGUUCGAGGACCCUAUGGAGACUCACUUCGAGUUCCGAUCAGCGGCUGCCGACGCGACGCCGCCGUACAACUCCCUCCGCGCACGGUCAAGGAAGCAGGCCGGGCCGACGAAGUUCGUCGCCGUGGGAGCUCCCGACGGUGCCGGCUCCGAGUCGCCUGUUCUUGGCGCGUCGUCGUCUUCGGACUUCUCUGCGAUGGCCGCGCCCGGCGCCACGGUGGCGAUCGCGCACGCCUCGCCGCCCGACACCAAUCGCCGCCUGCCGUCGCGAAGCAGGAAGCAAUACUCCCCGGAGCGCAUCGCCUCCGCGGGGGCAUCAACUUCGGCGGGCGCACCGGCCGCAGGCGACCCAGCUCCCCCUGCUCGAGGCAGGAAGCAGCCCCGGCCCGAGCACUUCAUCCCGGAGGAGGCGGCAGCUAUGGCCGGCGCCAAAGCUCGCCGGGGCAACAUCGUCCUCGACAGGUUCCUCUCGUCUACUAUGGCCCGCGGCUCCUCGGCUUCGGAUUGGGUGAGGGACGUCACGGCGGAGGACGCGGGCCAGCCCGAGCGCCCGCGCGGCAUCGAGAGCUUCAGGAUCAGGGACGCGAGCCGCCACGCCGCCCGCGCCUGCGGCCUACGCGCCGCGAUCAGCCGCCUCGGAGCCUCGUGCGGCGGCGCAUCGUCGCCAUCCCCGGCGGCGCCAGGAGAACCCGAGGGGAGCGGGACCAGGAGGCUCUACGGCAUCCUCGCCGUUCUCGGCGCUUCUCUUGCGCUCAGCGUGGCGUCCUGCGUGCUGUUCUACAUCGUCGGUCAUAGCAGCGAGGCUGCUCCCUCCGGAGAGAACCAGGACAAGUGAGCGGUCUGAGCGAUUCAGGAUUCAGCAAAGGGGAUAGCUGCAUAGUGGAUCAGAGUACAUUUGGUGUUCCUCUUCUCUGAAGCUCACAUACCUUGGAAUCCCUUAUCUGUGAUUCUGUAUCUAGUUUUUGUCCGAAUUGGUGUGGCUUUGAACUGUGGUGCAAUACUGAUUGUGUGUGAGUGGAAUCCAGAGUUAACUCAAGUUUAU